UAUUCCGUCUUACUUUCAUGGCUGCAGUAAAAUAAUAGUUAUUAUAAAAAUUUAAAAGUCUCUUUCGUUCCGGAGAAAGGAACGGCAUGUUCUAUUACUCUGGAAAUCGUUCAUUUUUUAUCGCACGUAAUUCGUGGGAUUAUUACGAGAGCAACGAUGUUUAGUGAAGAUUGCAUUAAAUUUAGUUUCGUUAAAGAUUUCUGGGAAAGUGUGUGCCGGUAAACAUAGGUGUCAACAGGGUCCCCGCAAGAUGCUAUCAAAAGUUUUAUCUGUGAUUUAGUAAAUUCACCAUGUCUACAAUGAAGAACCCUAAUUCGUCGUCUUCUAAGGCAUUGUUUUCCCACAUCAAGUACGAGCACCUGGUAGCUGGUAUAUCAGGUGGCGUGACCUCCACACUCAUACUGCACCCGUUGGAUUUAAUUAAAAUUAGAUUUGCUGUUAACGACGGCAGGACCGCAACAGUUCCUAGGUACGAUGGGCUCAGCAGUGCAUUUGUCACUAUUGUUAAGAAGGAGGGAGUCAAAGGACUAUACAGGGGAGUCACACCGAACGUAUGGGGGUCGGGCUCCGCUUGGGGCUUCUACUUUUUAUUUUAUAACGCAAUAAAAACAUGGAUACAAGGCGGGAACGCGCGAACGCCUCUCGGGCCCGGCUUGCAUAUGCUGGCCGCAGCCGAAGCUGGUGUUCUGUCUCUCGUCAUGACGAACCCCAUAUGGGUGGUGAAGACCCGCUUGUGUCUGCAGUACAGUGAAGAGCAUCUGGCUGAUAAUAAGCGGUACAAAGGCAUGAUCGACGGCCUCAUGAAGAUCUAUAGGACGGAAGGCAUCAGGGGACUGUAUAGGGGUUUCGUCCCCGGCAUGUUCGGUGUGUCGCACGGCGCGCUGCAGUUCAUGACGUACGAGGAGAUGAAGAACAGGUACAACCAGUACAGGAACCUGCCGAUUGAUAUCAAAUUGACAUCAGUAGAGUACCUAACGUUCGCGGCGAUCUCGAAGCUGAUCGCUGCAGGCGCCACGUACCCCUACCAGGUGGUGCGAGCUCGCCUGCAGGACCAGCACCGCAGCUACGACGGAGCCUGGCACUGCAUCAACGAGACUUGGAGGCACGAAGGUUGGCGUGGCUUCUACAAAGGCCUCAAGCCGAGCAUAGCGCGAGUGUUGCCAGCUACAAUGAUCACGUUCCUAACCUACGAGAACGUGUCGCACUAUAUGUUGAAUAGGACAACACAGUCGACUCCAACAAAGUCCCCUGAAAUUAAACUGGCUUCUUAAUUCAAAUAUUUGUUACUGGUUAGUUGUUUUUUUUUUGUUCUUUUUCUUAUUUUUUUUUAUUUGAAAGGGUUGUAAAGAGGUUUGGAUUUGUGUGAAGGUAGGUAAAACAGAAAAUUUAUGUGUGACUGUACAUAAAAUAGUUGCCUUAUGUGUAUUUUUUUCUUAGAUUGAUACGUCUAGGAUUUUACUGAAAUCCUGAAAUAUAAUGACUAUUGCUUUGACAGCCUGGUAAGAAUCACCUAAAAGUUUUAGUAGUUUUCCAAGUUCACUGGUAAUUUAAACGUCUGGUUUUAUUAAAAGAAGUGUUCAAUUUGAAUUAUGAACUUUACGAGUUCAUAGUAAAUCGUUGUUUUAAGAAAAUUGACGUUUAAUGUUAGGUGAACUUGAGCUUAAUUAUUUACUUUAUGAAUAUUAUGCUGUAUAUAGCUCUGGUUUUGUCGUACUGUAAUUAAGUGUGUAGGUAAGUAUUUAAGGGAAUUGUAAAACUGGCUACCGAAUACUGCUGGACUGCAAGCUAGUAGCUAAGACGUAAGUUAAAAUUCAUUAAUUAAUUAUAAUAAUAACCAAGUAUUGAGAAAAUAGAAUAACAGCGCCAAAAUGUAAUAUUUAUUUCAAGUAAAAAUGCUUUGUAAUUCAGAAUCCUAUACAUAUAAUCUUUUUACAGUAUAUUUAUUUUAAACUAAUCUACCUCGAAAUCAUUAGUAUCGAAAUUGGUAACUUCAUUGAAUUAUUUUACUUGCCAAUAUGUUCGAUAAAAGAAUAGAUUUUUGUUUCUUUAUGAUAUUUUUGUAACAUUGUAUAGUAACUGAAAUGCAAAGUAACUGCCCUGUUUUUUUUUUUUUCUAAUUUACAUUUUACUACAAAACUUGAUAAAUUAAAACGUAGAUAUAAAAAAAUAGUAUAAAAUCGUAUUUAACUUCCCAAAUGACUAUUAAAAAAGUAGAAUAUAGUGUUUUAUCAAUAAGUAGGUAAGGUAGGUAUUAUAAAUAUAUGUAUAGGUAAUAAUUGUGCUUAGAAUUUAAUGUGUGUAACGUGCAAGGCACGAACCCUUCGAGUGUUUUUCAAAAUGUUAUGAAUAAUUUUCGCGUGGUGAGAUGAUUGAUCCAUGGAAAUACAAUAAUUAAGUUUAGUUUUAGAUAAUAAUUUUAAGUUAAUUCAGAUAAAUAUAGGUACGUGCAUCCUACUCCACAACAGCUUUCGGAUACAAUACUUUCUAGAGACAAAGCACCUUUCACACACUCUUUGAAUUUAACACCCUUAUUAGCUUCACAUGUAACUAACUACCUACGUAUGUCAGAAAAUCUUUUAAUCUUAAUUUGACCCACUUCCCGGUCUUCGAUUACAAUUCAUAAUUAGCUAAGAAACGUCAUUUCAAAUCCAAUAUGGUGGCCUCCCCAAGAUGGCGGACUGGCUGUCUGAAAUCGAAAUCAGAAGCGUGUUUUUUAGUAUUUAAAACUUUUCCAUUUUAAACAUAGUUUUUAUUGACACUCCUAUACUGAGGUCAAAACCUUUCGUUCCAAAAAAACCUCAUGUUGAGUAGGUAGGUAAUGCACUCACUUUUCUAAGUCUAGAGUUUAAAUGUAAUUUUAAAAGUGAACUUGUAUCAAAGCAAGUACACAUAAAUGAAACAGCCUGAGCGUGCUUAAAUAAAUAGUGUAAUCAAUGCUUAAAUGUAAUUAUAUUUAGGAUGUUAUUUUACCAACAUGUUAAUCGCUACAACAAACUGUCUUUCUAUCUGUCGCGCUGUCAUACCCAAACUACUGAACCAAUUCAAAUGUUUGGUACGCAGAUAGUCUAGAGGCCGAGUAAGGACAUAGGCUUCUAACAGCAGGGAACAGCUAGUAAUAAUCAAGUUUGUCAAAUAAUGUAAAUUUGACUUUUCUAUGUCCUCGUAGUAUGUUUUUGUAAUGCAAGUAUAAUGUCCGGAAUAUGUAGUUUAGUGAAAGUUAUCAAUGAGUUGGUGAAAUAACACAUCACGAUGAAAAUUAGAUUUAAACUUUUUCCUAGCUUAAGUUUGAAGUGCAAAGCACUUUUAGGUUAUUUUCUAAGGCACGCGAUUUUCAUGUAAAUAAUGUUCGCGUUUGGAUGUCACUUGGGCCGAAAUAUGCUGCAGUAAUUAAUACAAAACUAGGUAAUAAUAAGGUAGACCUAUUAUUAAAUUAAUUAUAAUAGUUUUAAGGUUAGUCUUCACUUGGGUGUUUUCUAGAAAGGCAUUUGGUAAUACAACUUGUUACUGAAUAACUGAAAUACAAUAUGAUUGUAAAUGACUCUGGACCUUAUAUCUGAGCUCCGUCAUACAACGGUUUAAUGACCACGGAUCAAAGUGAAACUAGGAAUAAAAUAUCCUUCCAAAGGCUAUUUGGAUUGGAUUGGGGAUUUGGAGCUAAAAUUGGUGUAAAAUGGAAACUUACGUUGUUGUGUGGUCAAGUGAAGACUAGAACUAGAUUAUGUAGGUAGGAAGUAUGUAAUAAAUUCUAGAAUAAGUAUUCUCUCUAAGUUAAUUUCCUUAUUUUCAAAUUUAGUGAAAGUAAUAUCAUUUGAAAUUCGGUGUUUGAAUUUGUCAGUCGCAUUUA